AUGGCGCUGGUGCGCCGUAUACUAGGCGACGCCCAGGCGAAAUUACGCAAAAUGGUCGACGAGCAAGUGUCAGUGGGUGCUCGAGUGGAAGCGGACUCUGAGCCGGAACCAGCUGAUCCUCUGAUCACUCCGGCCAGCUCCGCGUUAGAGAGGGACCUCGACCCUCGACCUAUACCACCUGAGCGACGUCUCCUCAUCGGCACCUUGGACAAACGGAAUGGUUCAUUCAACGGCGACAAGGACGGUACACUCAAUAGGACCCGGCUGACCAUUCGGAAUGGGAAAGAAAAUCCUUUCAUAGAUGAUGACAAUAAAGAAAACCAAGCGAACGGAAAAUUAGAAUCUCCAGUGAAGUGGUCGACACAAAAUGGAAGUGAUAGCGGCACAUACGCUGAGAUCGGUACAGGUGGCAACAGUAAUACAAGUGAGAGAAAUAUACUGGAUCCAGCGGACAGCUCAGAGGAAGAGGUACCGUUACCAGACGCUACCUCGCCAGGCAGGAGCAGCGAUGGGCCUGAACCAAGGGCAGACAUCACAGCAACUCUUGAUGGAGAAGCAGCUUCACCUGGUGGCCGAUCAGACAGAUCUCGACAAGAAGAGAUCCCUGCAUCCCCGGGUAUGCUGACAGCUGCUCAACUCGCCAGGAGAUUAAGACUUGAGAACGAACGAUUACAGGCUAGUGAAAUUAAAUCAUUUUUCAAACAUUUUAAUUCCUCAAGAAAACAAAUAAAAAGAAAAAUAAAUAAAUUGUAUUUUAGGUCUACUUCUAAUUACAAUAAUUCAUGUAAAGUGUUUAUAAAGUCUUAUUGUGAAGGGUUUAUAAAGAUUUAUCUCCUAUUACCCAUCCGGGCGGAACUUACCAGAGUACGUCGUCUCUUAGUGUCAGCAGCUGAACGGGGUGAAGCUGGUACCGCUCUUGUAGAACGGGCGAAAGAAGAGGGAGGACAAGACGCCACUCCGUUAGACCCACAACAACUAGAGAAGGAACUUCUCUUGGCCAGAGAAGCUGUUAAUUCUCUCAAGGCUGACAAGAAACGUUUAAAAGCCGAGAAGUUUGAUCUGUUAAAUCAAAUGAAACAGCUGUACGCAACAUUAGAAGACAAAGAGAAGGAAUUACGCGAUUUCAUCCGAAACUAUGAACAGGCAUGUAUGCGAUCAAGAGGUGGAGCGUCGUCAGCUUUGGGUGCAGAACGAGCGGAGCGCGAACGCGAACGAGCGGCUUUGCUGCGACACGCUCGCGAUGAAGCUGAACGUUCUCUGCAGUUGGCUGCAGCGCUUAGUGCUCGCGAUACUCAGCUGCGACAUGCGAGAGAACAAUUAUUUGAGGCUCGCAGACAGUUGCAGGCAGCUGGAUGUCUGUCGGAAGGUGAAAGCGUGGCUUCUCUUGGGAUAGGUCCGCCAAUGAUUUUGGGACCAUCUGGAAUGGUCGGUGAUAGAGGCAGCUGCAGCGCAGACUCAGGUGUCAGGGGCAGCAGUGACGGCGGUGCAACGUCAGUUUGCGGAGGGAAUCUCUCUGACUCAACGGCAGAGGGCGCGCCGCCAACUUUGGAUGCGUAUGAUACUGAUGCUACCUCUUUGGUAUCUUCAGCUCAUCACAUAUAUCAAUUGAGUACGCCACGCGAAUGCAGCCCUACAUUGUCACCACAUAACAGUGGGUCUCCAUUCACACGGUCUAUAGACGCGGGCUCGCUAUCUAGGUCAGUGGAGCAGCUGUCAAGUCCAGGGGAAUGUGAAGCGGCCUUAGUGGGAGGCAUAAGGAAUCGUGCGGGGGGCGGCAAGGGAGGCCGCGGACGUGGAUCUGCCUGGGGGUCCAUCUCAAGAGUAUUUGCGCGCAGCAGACACCGCACUAAGUCUGGCAGUGCUGUCGUAAGCGGGCAUGAGAGUGAACCAGUAUACGCGAGCACGGGUACAGCACGAGCGUGGUCUCCGCUCGGCAGUGAGGCAGCGCUAAGAGAAGCAGCAUCGCUACCACUCGCUCGGUGGCGGGCGCCCGCCAUCAUAGCCUGGCUGGAGUUAGCAUUGGGCAUGCCACAGUACGCCGCUGCUGUUGCUGAUAAUGUAAAAAGUGGAAAGAGUGGACAGUUUAGAUCAGAUCUUAUUUGGGAGGUUCAGCGCAAAAUAGAUUUAGUACGCAUCCUAGUGCCCUUUACUUUAUCACAAGACGCUCCACAGAUGUAUCCCCUCGCCUUAUGA